UUCAUUCUAGGAUAUCGCUCAGUUCAUCGUGAUCUCGAGGCUCAGAUCCUUCUUGUAACGACAAAUGAACGGCUACGUGGCCAACUUAAAGACGAACGGACAAGACUUUUUGAAUUUGCUUCUGCUCUGGAUGCAACGGCGCUCAAAAGGGUGGAUCAUUAUAUACCUACUGUUAUUGUUCGGACGUCCGCUACAUUCACGACCUAUCAAAAUGUACGACCUAAGAAACGAGUUAUUCGCGAAUCAGAAACAAACCCGUUUGAAAGGGAAGAGGUUUUGAAUCGAAUUGGUGGGAAUUGUGUACGUAGAUUACACACGCAGUUAGAGCGGGACGCAAAACGUCUUCAAGAAUCCCUAAAUGACGAGAACUGGAUCGCGGUGUAUCGGUAUCCACGAAUACGAUUUGCUGCGCUACUUGCCAGAGCCAAGCUCCUUCAGACAGUUGUCACAGUGUUGUACUUGCCUUAUUCCUCAUAUCAAUACCUUGUUGGACACGUCGAUGCAACGUGGUUCUAUUCAACGGCAGCACUCGCUUUUUUGGCCCCUGUCCUGCUUGCAGUGUUUAGCAGAUAUUUGAAUAGACUUAUUGGAGUAAUAGCAAUGAACGAAAGCAACGAUUACGUCAGAAUUGGAUACUUGUCUUUCUGGGGUGCACGAAGAAAUAAAUAUUUGGAGCUUGACGACGUGCUCCCAUUAACAGAGGUGGCCGGCAGCAAAAACGAUGCGUUGGUCAAAUUCUCCUGGUUUGGAGGAAACAACUUUCUCUAUCUACCUACAAAAGACGUUCAAAUUGUGGACGAACAAAGAGCAAAAUUGUUAUUUGGAGAUCUCAGCCUUUUCAAAUAA